GCGCGGCCGAAGGUGCGAUCGCAGCGCGGCCAGCGCCGCUUCCGCGUUGGGCGCUCCCGGGCGCUGGCUCAUCGCGCCGCUGCCUUGCCGGACAGCUUGUUCCUUCCGCUGGGACCGGCGGCAAAGCGGGGUCCCGUCAAAAAGAAGAAAUACAGGUUCCCGCCGCAGCCUGACGCUGCGUAGGAAUUUCCAGCUUGUACAAAUCAGCUCCGGGCUUGAGAGAAGUGAGAUAUAUAAAGCUGGAAAUGUCUGUGUAUUUUAUCAGAUGGUACCUUGCAGAAUUUAGUAGGAUUGUCCACCUGUGUAAAGUUUCAGUAACUUCUACUGAGUUCUUGUGCAUGCUGAAAAGAAGAACUAUUGUGGUCAUGUGCCCCCUCACACAAAAGUCAGAAAUUACCAAGUCAAUACUUUUGGAACCACAAAAGGGAGAAGUACAAAAGAUCUUGUGAAGGCCUAUGGGAAAAAUAUGUCAUUGCCCUCACAGCUCAGCACUCUACUGCCAGGAGGGGUAGCAGACAUGAACUCCACCUCAGCCAUAAGUAUGUCAAACACCUCCAAAGAAAUGGUACAGAAACUCCUCCAGUCCCAGGAAGCUAAGGGUCCUCUGGAUUUGUUUGCGUCAUGGAAGCUGGAGGACGGCCCAUCAGUCAUGUCAAGAAGAUCCAUUAGGCUAAUGAGGGUUAAUUGAUACAAUAAAUCUAAUCUUAUGUAGCAACCUUUCAUCAUCCCUGACCUGGGAAAGACCUGAGUUACUACCUGACAGUUGGAGAAACCUUUAAAUAUCCAGGAAGAUGGUGGAAGCAGUACUGAUAGAUCUGUUCAGCCUCCCAGCCGACUCACAGAACAACAUCCAAGGAGUACUGCACAACACUCUGGAAGCUAUUGAGAAACGCUCUUCCAUGCAUGCUCCGUGUGUUUAUGUCAUGUGUUGCCAGAGGCAGGGGAGUGAAAGGAAAGGUGAACAAGAGUUCUUGCACUCAGCUCUGAAAAGUUUUCAGAGUCUGAAUAGAAAACUGGAAGUGGUAUGUGCUCAGACUACAGCUGCUGCUUUGUACACCAUCAAACAGAGACUGGAUGAAAAAGACCUGAGCGUCAUUAAAGUUAUUCUGCCUACCUUAAGAAAACACUUAAUGAAAGUAUAUAUAGACCAUCUCUUUACAGCAGUCUACCAGUUUGAAUUUGAGGAUUUGCAGGUGGUAUCUGACUGUGAAAACCUGCGGAUAUCUGAACAUCAGAAUGAAGGGCAAACGCUUCCUUCACAGGACGUGGCACUCAUCCGAAAUGAGAUUCAGAUGUACUUGGAAAGCCUGCCAAGCCUGAAAGGGGAGCUCACCAUCCUCAGAUCUUCCCUGAUCCCAGGUGAUAUUUUCUUGCAUGGGUUCACCACAAGGACAGGUGGGAUCUCCUACAUACCAACCCUAAGCUCCUGCAAUCUCUUCAGCAGCUCCAAGCGAAGGGACCCACAAGUUGUUGUUAAAGAAAAUCUCCGCCGGCUAGCUAACGCUGCAGGGUUUAACCUAGAGGCUUUUCACAGAGUCAAGGUUGAUCAUGCUAAUGCUGUGUGUAUUAUGGGAAAGACAGAGCCUGACAACUAUGAUGGAAUAGUUACUAAUCAGAAGGGUGUCACACUGGCAGCUCCAGGUGCUGACUGCAUACCCGUGCUGUUUGCUGACCCUGUCAGAAGAGCCUGUGGUGCAGCUCAUUCUGGAUGGAGGGGCACAUUGUUAGGAGUGUCUAUGGCCACAGUGAAUGCUAUGGUGUCUGAAUAUGGCUGUAAUGUGAAAGAUAUCCUUGUGGUGCUGGGCCCAUCUGUGGGACCUUGCUGCUAUAAACUUCCUCACGAAUCAGCAAAAGAAUUUCACAGAAUUGAUCCAAAGUGUGUGAGACUAUUUGGCUCUGCAAGUCCUUAUAUUGAUAUCAGAAGAGCAACAAGGAUUCUUCUUGAGAGAGGUGGGAUUCUUCCUGAGAACAUCCAAGAUGAUUCUGUCACAGACCAGAACCAAAACAUCACUUUCUGUACUGCAUGCCACCCAGAUAAAUUUUACUCCCACUUUCGUGAUGGCACUAACUUUGGGACGCAGAUUGGCUUCAUAUCAAUCAAAGACUGAGACAGUAUCUCUUACUCUGGAACAGCAUUUAGGUAAUAGGUCUGCUGGAUUGUCAGGCAUCCUGCUCUACUCACAGAAGAUUUGCCUCCUUUCUUUCACAGACUUGCAGCAGGGAGUCCAUGGGUCUUGAGAUUCCCCUGCUUGCUCCUUUCCUUGCCCUUCUGAAGCAAGAAUAUGUACCUGUGGUGUGGGGACAACACUUCUUGUGUGAGACGGGGUGCAAAGCAAACAAGGACAACCCACACCAGUGGGAAAAUCCUUCUACAGACCCCAGAUCCAAGCUCCAAGUUUAUGGAUCCUCCUUGACCAAAUAUUUUUCAGAAACCUCAUUAUCUUAAGGUGGUGGAAGCCCAAAAAAUGCCAGUCUUCAUUAGCUUCUGGUUGAGACUGCUGAAUGACACUAAGUAUGACAUGGAUGAUACAGGCAGGGAAGCUGAUAUUGCACGUUACCUGUCUGAGAUACUCAACUUUGAUAGUUUCAGCUGAAGCCUUACAAAAGUUUGUGCAUGGGAUUAAUUUUCUUCUUUGGAUUAGUUUAAAGAACUCCAAAAUAUUUACAGGACUUUUCCUAUGGAAAAUAACUUGAAAAUGAGCAGCAAGCAGGCUCCUUUGGGGCAGACAUUGAAAAUAUAUGAACUCUCAUGAUUCUGUAAUUUUUAGUUGUAGGAAAAGUAGGACUAAAACCUUUAGUUUAUGAUGUGUAGGUUCAUGUCUUCAUAGGAUUUUUUUUUCUUUAAACAGUGGUGCUUUAAUGUCAUUGACACAGUC